GCUUCCUAAAGCCCCCCCUCCUCUGUCGAUCGCGUGGGAGGCAGGGACAGAUUUCCUAUCAAAGUAUAUCAACCAGCGCCCCGUCUAAUGAAUGGACUAGUUGGUAUUUUCAGCCUCCCAAGGAUUCCGUCGUCCUUCCGCGAUCUCCUAUGUGCUUCGCGUCUCAUAUUUGGCAGAGUUCCGCAGCCAUACCGACCUCCUUAGGCUGGAUUUUGCCGACCGCCACAGAACGUGUAUGUCAGACGUCAUCUUUGUGUGGGCUAAUCAGGCUGUGUAGAUGAUAGAGUAUGCAACUUUUUUCUGGAUCUGCCCUUUCGGGAAAGUCCGGCCCAGCGGCCCUGGGCGGGGCACUGCCAUUCGAGUCAAGUCAAUACGCGUCAAGCUGGUCCUAUAUAAAACUUGGAUACAGUGGGUACGAUUCGCCCUCGACCAGACCUACAAGGUGCCGCCGACACCUUCUCCUGCCAAAACGUCGUCGACGUUGCCCUCGUCGAGAGGAUCCUCGUCGCGACAAGAGUCGCGCCUUCCAGGGCCGACCCCAUACUCCCCAUACUCCCUUCCCAGACCCAAAGUUCGGGUUCACCAUCCUCAGGUGCAUUCACUGCUCAGGGUCGCGAAGCCCCCUGCAAUCAACUACGACCUCGCACAUCACCCCUCCACCAUAACCACGGACUAUUCCACCCUUUCCUCCCGACCCAAUUUUCUCCACGAGCCUGCCCUGUCGCCGCCAGUGUCUCAGCUGACACUCACGUCUCCCCAUCUCCUCUGGUGCAUCCGCGUCCAUCCCUCGCUCAACGGCGCGUAUGUCACGGUCGCCGAUGUUCUCCACGCGAUGUAUAGCGGGCUGCGGGAGAACAUCGCGCCCGCCGAGUUCUAUGGGUUGCCCUCACAGACGGAGAUGCGGAGGGUCACCGACGCGUAUGAACAGCGAUACCGGCGCAUAAAGAGCCGGAGCGGGUCGUACGAGGAGAAGAAGGCUGGCGUGAAGCGCAUCGACUUUUUCAUGGGGCGGACGAGAUUUGCUGGGCUUUCGCCUAGCUCCAAAGGCCCUGAUGUCUGGGCUAUGAACAUCCUGUGAUUGGGAUGUCGUCGUCGUCCUCCUCACGUCAUCAGAUAUCGUUACUUUAUUUUUAUCAGUCAACUUGUAUACCCACGCACAAUCAUCUACAGCAUCACUUUGUAACCCCGUCAUUGUCUCUUUUUUCUUGUACUCUUAUGUAUGUAGUUCUCGAUUAUGCCAAUUCGAUGAC